UUAAGAACUCUUGGGGAAAGAAAUCCAACGCAAUUGGUUCAGUUAUUCUGUAGCCAUCGCAGGGAUGGCUCCUCCUCACCGCCUCUAGCUUCAAAACGCCGUCUCCUCCCUUAUGUUCACUUCCUUCUCUUUCUCCCUCGUCCCCUACGCCGUAAGUUAUCCCUAAUCCCGCUUCCGCGGCUAUUGUUCUUCCUCCUCAACGGCAUCGAUGCUCUCACCGGCGCUCUGAAGUCCGGCGGAGAUCUAUGGUUGCGGCGGCGCAGCUUGGCGUACUGGCCGCCUGCGUCGUCCUCUUCGUCCCUAUGGGUUUGGCCGGAUGGCACCUCAGCCGCAACAAGAUGCUUUUUUUUAGCGGCGCACUCUUUAUCACUCUCGCCGUCGGCGUGCACAUUGCUCCGUACUUCCCCGUCGCCUCCCAAUUUCUUAUAUCUACCCUUACACCCUCUUUUUCUUCUUCUCCGCCCUUUCGGCCAUUUUCCUGCUUCUCCUUCCUGCACGAUGUCUCCUUCCUCCCUCUGGACUCCCCAUCCACCUUUGAUUGGUUCCCUGCCAGAUCGCGAUCCGCUGAUUGUCGUUUCCAGAAACUCUCCCGAUCUGAAACCGGCGAACUUCUUAACGGAUCAUGGAUCCUCGUUGCGGGGGACUCACAAGCUCGCCUAUUAGUCCUUGCCCUUCUCCGCCUGCUUCUGGACCGCUCUGCCAUGGAGGCUGUGGAAGUGGAUCUUUUCCGCCGACACAGUGACUAUCACACUGUGAUCUCUGAGCUUGGCAUGAAGCUAGAUUUUGUGUGGUCGCCGUUCGAGUCCAAUAUCACCUCCUUGCUACAGAGGCUCCGUGGCGGCCCCAGGUUGCCUGAGGUUCUUGUUGCUGGUUCGGGUCUCUGGCACAUGCUUCAUGUUAACAAUGCAUCGGAUUAUGGCGAGAGUUUGGCCUCUGUGCGUAAGUCGGCAGCAUCAAUUGUUCCUCCCUUCUCUUCAGGGUUAGCCAUGCAGCCACCACAUAUGUUCUGGCUUGGCAUGCCAACAUUGUUGAAUCCAAUGCUUAAUACUGAAGAGAAGAAGGUGAAGAUGAGCAGGAUAAUCUGGGAGGCUUAUGAUCAGGAGGUUGAUGACAGUGGCGUGUUGAGGUCAUCUGGUGGAUCAUUUGUGUUGCUGGAUAUUGGUUCAUUGAGCCAUAACUGUGGGCAGCAGUGCACAACUGAUGGAAUGCAUUAUGGAGGGGUUGUCUAUGAGGCAGCCCUUCAAGUUAUGCUUAAUGCUUUGUUGAUCGAAUCUCAGCAGCGGAUUUGAAUUGCAAAAGAGUUCCCGGACGCAACACCCUGAAGCUUGGAACAUCUCCGCAACACUCGGAAUAGAGCGCCAUAGUGCUCAGUCCAGGUCUAGGAACUUGAGCACUUGACACUCCAACGCCCCAAGGGGAGCGCCCAGUCCAAGUUCAGAAACCCAUGAACACGACAUUAUUGAGCCUG